AUGGCACCUUUACCCCCUGAGCUACAAAAUAUUGGCAAGUACCGGCUCAUUAAAACCAUAGGGAAAGGAAAUUUUGCAAAGGUCAAAUUGGCUAAACAUUUGCCAACUGGUAGACAAGUGGCUAUAAAAGUUAUUGACAAAACACUUUUGAGUUCUACAAGCAAAGCUAAGUUGUGGAGGGAGGUGCGAAUAAUGAAGACUUUAGACCACCCAAAUAUUGUGAAAUUAUUCCAAGUCAUGGAGACAGAUCGAUACCUCUAUUUAGUGAUGGAGUACGCAAGUGGGGGUGAACUUUUUGAUUAUCUGACAUCUAAUGGGAGAUUAAAGGAGAAAGAAGCUAGGAUGAAGUUUCGACAGAUUCUCUCCGCUGUCCAUUAUUUCCAUCAGAAAAACAUUGUGCAUCGAGAUUUAAAGGCAGAAAAUUUACUGUUGGACAAAGAUUACAAUGUAAAAAUUGCUGAUUUUGGCUUCAGUAAUGAGUUUUGUCCUGGUAGUAAGUUGGAUACAUUUUGUGGCAGUCCACCUUACGCUGCUCCUGAGCUUUUUCUUGGGAAGAAGUACAUAGGACCUGAGGUUGAUGUUUGGAGCUUAGGGGUCAUCUUAUAUACACUGACCACUGGUGCACUACCAUUUGACGGUUCAAAUUUGAAGGAAUUAAGGGAGAAAAUUGUGAAAGGCAAAUUCAAGGUGCCUUUUUUCAUAUCAACUGAGUGCGAGAGUUUAUUGAGAAAAUUUCUCGUCACCAAUCCUUUGAAGAGGAUUUCUCUGGAGGUUGCUAUGAAGGACAAAUGGGUGAACCAGGGAUAUGACGGCACGGAGCUGAAGCCCUACUCUGAACCAGCUGAUAAAAUUAAUGAAGAAAGACUGGGUUUACAUUUAUGGGUCAACAUGGGCUUCUCAAGGACAGAAAUCAUCAACUCGAUCAGUAUGCACCUCUACGAUGAUAUCCUGGCUACCUACCUUCUACUGGGGAUUAAAGUUCCACUUGUAAAAUAA